UCAUACUGCACAGACAGGAAGCCGACCAUAGAGAGUUGAGGUUACAUUGGGUUGUUCUCCCUCUUUCUUUCUGCAUGUGAGCUUAUUUCUUCUCCUUUGGCAGCAAAAAGGCCCCCGGUCUUUCCCAUGGUCUCUGUGUUCAUCAAACCGGGUCCCCCUUGUCGUCGCCCCCCUCUUUGCACUUGGUGCAUUUGAAGGUUUCAUCCACCGUGCAAGGAUAGGAAAAGAGAAUGAUCAGUGGUGUGUGAUUGGGGCAGCCGUGAGAGAGGCAUUGUGCUUUUUCCUCCACAGAUGCCUGAGAACUGAACUCAUCCAUUUCCAAGCAUGCCGUCAGCCCAGUUCAGUUCUGGCUCCCAUUGGAACCUGUGUUCUCUGUGCCGUUUGGUUCUCCGGACUGGGAAGAGGCCCUGGGGUGCACCUGGUGGUUGGAGCUCUUAUUCCCAAGCGAGGAAGCCUGACCCCCAUGGCCAAGAAAAUCAGCCUGAUUCCCACGGUCAAGUAGGGAGAAUGAACCUUCUGAAAAACAAGGCUGAGAAACAGAAGCGCCAGCGAGAGAGGCUAGCAUCCAUUGAAGCCGGGCUGUGUGCUGGGCCAAAGGAGGAGCCCCUGAGCCAAGAGAGGGGCCGAGCCAUGAAAAACACAGUUCUGUAUGACAUCCCAACUGCUGCUGGACAGAAGAAAGAUACUUCAGGAUUGCUGCCCACCUCAUAUAGCGCACGCUAUGUUGAAGCUGCUUGGUACGCUUGGUGGGUGAAGGAGGGAUUUUUUAAACCAGAAUACCAGCACCUCUUACCCCAUCGGAAGGCAGAAACAUUUUCUCUCUCUAUCCCCCCACCGAAUGUCACUGGGUCCCUCCACCUGGGCCAUGCCUUGACCGUGGCUAUUGAAGAUGCUUUGGUACGGUGGAAAAGAAUGCAAGGCUAUAAGGUUCUAUGGGUUCCAGGUUCGGAUCAUGCAGGGAUUGCCACUCAGGCUGUGGUGGAAAGAAAGAUAUGGAAGGAACGGGGAGCCCUGCGAGAAGAGCUUGCGCGUGACGAGUUUCUCCAAGAAGUCUGGAACUGGAAAGAGGAAAAAGGGAACGAAAUAUUCCAGCAGCUGAAGGUGAUGGGAGCAUCGUUGGACUGGGACAGAGUCUGCUUCACCAUGGACUCUGGCUUCUCCCAAGCGGUGACUGAGGCCUUUGUGCGGUUGCACGAGGAAGGUCUGGUGUUCCGCGACAGGCGCCUGGUGAAUUGGUCGUGCGCCUUGCGAUCAGCCAUUUCUGACAUUGAGGUGGAGAACAGGCAGCUUGGGGGACGGACAGAGCUCUCUGUGCCUGGACUCCAAGGCAAAGUGCCCUUUGGGGUCCUGGUGACGUUUGCCUACAAAGUGGAAGGAGGGGAAGGCGAGGAACUUCCUGUGGCCACAACCCGCCCGGAGACUAUGUUGGGAGACGUGGCUGUUGCCGUUCAUCCGGAUGACCUGCGGUACAUACACCUUCACGGCAAGAGACUCUGCCACCCAUUCACCGGACAUCUCCUUCCUGUCAUUACUGAUCCCUUGGUGGAGCGGGAGAUGGGCACAGGGGCUGUGAAGGUGACCCCAGCACACAGCCAUGCCGACUACGAACUGGCCCGUGGACAUGGCCUGCCAUUCAUUUCAGUGAUUGCAGAAGAUGGCACGAUGACGGCAGAUUGUGGGGAAUGGCUCCAGGGGCUGCACAGAUUCCAGGCCCGAGAGAAGCUGUUGGCUGCUUUGAAGGAGAGGGGCCUUCAUAGGGGUGCAAAGGAGCAUCCCAUGGUACUCCCUCUUUGCAGCCGCUCUGGGGAUGUAAUUGAAACCCUCUUGAAGAACCAGUGGUUUGUGAACUGUGAAGCAAUGGCUCACAGGGCCUUGGAGGCUGUGGAAUCUAGACUCUUGAAGUUGACCCCUAAAUUUCAUGAGAAAAACUGGAGGACUUGGCUCUUGAAUACCAGGGACUGGUGUAUUUCUCGCCAGCUGUGGUGGGGUCAUCAGAUUCCAGCCUACUGGGUCACUGUUUCUGAAUCACCAGACUCAAGGGAACAAGAGGAGAGUGAUGGAUUAUGGGUAGUGGGCAGGACAAAAGCAGAAGCUCGGAAAAAAGCAGCAGGCAUGCUGGGAAAAUCAGAAGAGGAUCUAAAGUUGAUGAGAGAUGCCGAUGUCCUAGAUACUUGGUUCGCAUCUGGUCUCUUCCCUUUUGCUGCAUUGGGCUGGCCCCAUAAGACAGGUGAUCUCCAGCAGUUUUAUCCCAAUAGCGUUUUGGAAACUGGGAGUGACCUUCUGUUCUUCUGGGUGGCCCGGAUGGUUAUGCUAGGGAAGGAGCUGACUGGAGAGCUACCUUUUUCUCAGGUUUUCCUUCACUCCAUGGUCCGUGAUGCUCAUGGCAGGAAGAUGAGCAAAUCUCUUGGGAAUGUGAUAAACCCACUGGAUGUUAUUUACGGGGCCCCUUUGCAGACCCUACAGGAGAAGCUUCAAAAUAGCAAUUUGGAUCCGAGAGAGGUUGCUAUUGCUAUGGAAGGCCAGCGGAGAGAUUUUCCUCAAGGAAUCCCUGAAUGUGGGACGGAUGCUCUGAGGUUUGCUCUUUGCUCCUAUAAUGCCCAAGGUGACAGCAUUAAUCUAGACGUGGCUGCAGUGGAGAAUGCCUGUCGCUUCUGCAACAAGGUGUGGAAUGCCCUGAAGUUUACUUUGGCAGCUUUGGGAGAAGGAUUUACUCCAGUGGAUCCAGAGAAGGUCUUCCCUAGCUUCCCAAUGGACCAGUGGAUCCUCAGCCGUCUCUAUCACACAACAGAAGAUUGUUCCCGAAAGUUUGAGGGGUGUGAGCUACAUUCUGUUGCCUCUUCGAUCCGUCUUUUCUGGCUGCACGAUUUCUGCGAUAUUUACCUGGAGUCUGUAAAGCCGGUGUUGAGGAGUGGGGAUCCAGCUCGGCUACUAUCCACCCAUCAGACCUUGCACAGCUGUGUCGACCUGGCUCUGCGCCUCCUGUCUCCCUUCAUGCCUUUCCUCACAGAGGAGUUGUGGCAGCGCCUUCCUAAGGCAGACUCCCAGUCUCCUCCCAGUAUCUGUGUGGCCAGAUACCCCAGUGCUGAGCACCUGGCUCAUUGGUGUCAGCCUGAGGAAGAGGCAAACUUCCUGUUAGUACAGGAAGUUAUUCGAGCGGUGCGGGCCCUGAGGGCAACUUAUCAGCUGACCAAAGCUCGGCCGACAGUUUAUCUGGUUUGCCCAGAGGCAGUUCCCCGUGGCAUAUAUGAGACCUAUCGAGAACCACUACAGACUUUGUCCUUGGCUGGAUCUCUGAGGCUCCUCCCUGCUUUUGAGGGUGCAGAACUACCUGCAAGUUGUGUGGCUGCAAAGGGACAUGAUCACACUGCCAUCUAUAUGGAUCUGCAGGGAUUGGUUGACCUCCAAAAGGAGCUCCUCAGAUUGGCAUCUCGGCAAGAGAAAUUGGAGCGGCAGUUGACAGACCUCACAGUACGGGUUCAAGGGGCCAGGUAUCAGGAGCAGGUCUCCCUGAAAGCCAAAUCAGAUCACCAACAAAAGAUUUCCUUGCUCCAUUCGGAGCUGGAGCGGAUAGAACAAGCUAUAUCAACCUUCCAGAAGAUGGCUGUAAGGCAAGGAUUGUCUAUUGAUACGGCUGAGCAAUGAGAACAGGCAGCAUUAACCCUGUACUGGGGUAGCUGGAUUAAUUACAAGACUGAGGAGACUAUACAUUGGGGAAGAAGUUGGGAGUUCUCUGAGACAUCCAACUGUGUGAUGGAGCCUGUCUUGUGGCAAGGGGGACAGCAUAUGGACAGUUGGGAGUCACCAGCUGAAUUCCAGAAGCAUCAGUGGACUGACAUGCUGAAUUCACAAGUCUUAGAGCCUCCAUGGAGGGGAUAUUUUCUCUCCCAACAGUGUUCAUUGCUAACCUUUGCUGCUGCCACAAGGAUAUAUAGUAUCCUCAUCCGGCCCCUGAGGGUCAUUCUUCUGCCACAGCAUAGUAUGCUUGGAUGCUGCAUAUAGGUUCAGAUGUUCAAAAUCUUUGCCAGGGAAUAUGUCUCGACUCUCUCCCAAGGGAUGCAUUCACACAGAGAGAGUAAUGUGUAAGCCUGGCUGUCCACAGAGAUCAAGUUGCUGUGAUUGUAGAAAAAGCUACAGCUGUAUCUGUGGCUGCCUGCCACUGAAUUUUCCAUAUGUGCUCUAGAGCCUGUUGGGGCACAUCAUUUGGAAAAGAUGUGAACAUCUGAAGUUGUUUUAUAAUGGCUUGUUGCCCCCACAGAUUAAUAAAAAGAAAAUGGUCAUUGGAGUUGAACAAAGUUUAUUUAAAAGAAA